AGCGCUCCCGUUGUGCCGUGCUGGGGGUGGCGUCCCGCCCGGGGCUCCGCUUCAGACGGCGGGGAGUUCCGAACGUCCGGGACCGAAAUGGUGCGCCGCGGUACAUCUGCGGCGUGACGGCUCCGUCAGAACGGAGCAGAGCUCUCCCGUGCGGGACGGCGAUCCCAACCGGCGCUGCGGAGCGCGGGUAGCGCUGUGAGAACGAGCGGGGUGCGGCGGUACGGCUGUACGGCACGCCGAGUGGAAAAGGGGCUGCAAAGCGAGCGGGGCCCCGUCUGCCGCUCAUCAGAGCUGAAAACGUGCCCGGCAUUGGGCCCUCGGAGGUCCAUUUAUCACUGACAGUGGUUAACUGGGGUUUGCCUGAGGCUUUCGUUGGGUUUGACGCUUCUCCCCGGGAGAAGAGCGCGUUUCUGUCACGGCUCCCUGCGCGGAUCGUCCUGCAGCAUUCCAGGCUCUGCAGACACGACAGACGUAUUUUUCUACCCCUGCGCGCAGCGCAGCCGUUAGUGGCUGAAGGAAGAGGAGCGCUCCGUGCCCCGCUCUCCCUCUGAGGCAGCACGGCGCGGCCCGCCCGAGCUUUCCCCACAACGAACGGGGCGCCGCGCUCCGGAACGCGCCUCAGGGCUCCGCAGCGCCCCCCGGCGGCAGGCGGCGCGGCAGGUGCUCGGGCGGCGGCUGGAGAGCGCCGCGGGUGGGCAAGGUAUGAAAGCUCAAUGGGGUCCUCCAAAAAUGCAAUCAGUGAGCCUGCUGAUGCAGAAGAAGGCUAUAACGUGAUGGCUUCUUUCCAGCGCUCCAACAGCCAUGACAAAGUGAGGAAGAUAGUGGCAGAAGAGGGACGUACAGCAAGGAACCUGAUUGCAUGGAGCGUCCCACUGGAAAACAAGGAUGAUGAUGGGAAAUCCAAAUGGCAAGCUGGUGGAAAAGCAAAGACUGCAUCUCAAGGGAAACACAAGGCUGCAAAGCAGAACGCUUCCCUAGAUUGUAAAUUAACAGCAGCAGCAGGAGAUAAAACCUUUGACAAAAGCCCAACCAAAGCACGGCAGCCUCGAAAAGUUGAUCUGCGAGCUCGGUACUGGGCGUUCCUUUUUGACAACCUGAGACGGGCAGUUGAUGAAAUCUACGUCACAUGUGAAUCGGAUCAGAGCGUGGUGGAAUGCAAGGAAGUCCUGAUGAUGCUCGAUAACUAUGUGAGGGACUUCAAAGCACUGAUAGACUGGAUACAGCUGCAGGAGAAGCUAGAGAAGGCCGAUGCUCAAAGCAGGCCUACUUCACUAGCCUGGGAAGUAAAGAAAAUGUCUCCAGGGCGCCACGUGAUCCCAAGUCCCUCAUCAGACAGAAUCAGUGUGACGUCAAAUGCUCGGAGAAGUUUGAAUUUUGGGAACCCAUCAGUGGCAAUUUCUGCAACACGCCUGGCUCCUUCUGGUGUAAGUUGGGCUGAUAAGGUAAAAGCCAACCAUGGAAAAGCAGCCGGUCCUGAGUUAGCAACUACACAGACCUGUCUGCCAGCUCCAAUACAGAAGUCAUCCCGAAAAAACGAUCGAAAGGAUGCAGAGGGCUGGGAAACAGUUCAGCGUGGGAGGCCUGUUCGAUCUCGAUCCACUGUUGCAUUGGCAACAAAAGCUCCUGUAGUUGCAGAAUCACUCAAGUCCAGAGGUGACAGUGACAAAGAAAACGUCGUUUCACCACCAUCAGAGAAUAAGCCUGAGAAUUCACCCACAAAUGAUGGUGCACUCAAGAGCACAGAGCUUGUGCAGAAAGAUCCUGAUCAUCAGUCUGAACAUCCUCAUGUCGAGCGGACUCAGUUCACAGCACGCACACCAGAAGACAGUGUGAGCACUAGAGCACCACUGCAAGAAGAUUCCUUACAAACAGUUUCUGAGGUGCCUCAGGUUCUCACAACUACUGACUGCCCUCCAGCAGCUGUGCAGGUGAAUGAAGCUUCCUCUGUGAUCCCUGAUAGCGCAGACCAGCAUCUGACAGAAAAAGCUAAAACUGAAAUGGAAAUGGAUCCCUCAGAUAUUUCAAAUGUGAGUGCUGCCAGAUUGUCUAUGGCAGAAGUCCUUGCUAAGAAGGAAGAGUUGGCAGAUCGCCUGGAAAAGGCCAAUGAAGAAGCUAUUGCUAGUGCUAUUGCAGAAGAGGAGCAAUUAACUAGAGAGAUAGAAGCGGAGGAAAACAAUGACAUUAAUAUCGAAACUGAUAAUGACAGCGAUUUCUCUGCAUGUAUGGGCAACGGAAGCAUAUCUUUUUGUGGUAUUUCUAUGGACUGGAAUGAUGUCUUGGCAGACUAUGAAGCCCGUGAGUCAUGGCGCCAGAGUAAUUCUUGGGGAGACAGAGUGGAAGAAGAGCCUGCACGCCCACCUGGCCAUGGAAUACACAUGCAUGAGAAACUGUCAUCACCCUCACGAAAAAGAACAAUAGCAGAAUCCAAGAAGAAACACGAAGAAAAACAAAUGAAAGCUCAACAGCUGAGAGAAAAGUUACGUGAAGAAAAGGCACUGAAGCUUCAGAAAUUAAUGGAGAGGGAGAAAGAUGUACGGAAAUGGAAGGAAGAACUAUUAGAUCAAAGGCGCAGAAUGAUGGAGGAAAAACUGCUCCAUGCAGAGUUCAAACGUGAAGUGCAGCUCCAAGCAAUUGUGAAAAAAGCACAAGAGGAGGAAGCUAAGGUAAAUGAAAUUGCUUUUAUAAACACCUUAGAAGCUCAGAACAAACGUCAUGAUGUGCUGAAUAAAUUAAAAGAAUACGAGCAGCGCUUAAAUGAAUUACAAGAGGAGCGUCAACGAAGGCAAGAGGAAAAGCAAGCACGUGAUGAAGCUGUUCAGGAGCGCAAAAGAGCUCUGGAAGCAGAACGCCAGGCUCGGGUUGAAGAGCUGCUGUUGAAGAGGAAAGAACAAGAAGCACGGAUUGAACAGCAGAGGCAAGAGAAGGAGAAAGCACGGGAAGAUGCAGCACGAGAAAGGGCCAGAGAUCGAGAGGAGAGGUUGGCAGCUCUUACAGCAGCUCAACAAGAAGCCAUGGAAGAACUGCAGAAAAAGAUUCAGCUGAAGCAUGAUGAAAGCAUUAGGAGGCACAUGGAACAGAUUGAACAAAGAAAAGAGAAAGCAGCUGAAUUAAGUAGUGGAAGACAUGCUAAUACUGAUUAUGCACCGAAACUUACACCGUAUGAACGCAAAAAACAGUGCUCAUUAUGCAAUGUAAUGAUUUCAUCAGAAGUGUACCUUUUUAGCCACAUUAAAGGGAAAAAGCACCAACAAGCCGUGAGAGAGAACAGUAGCAUACAGGGACGAGAGCUUUCAGAUGAAGAAGUGGAGCACCUGUCGUUAAAAAAGUACAUUGUGGACAUUGUGGUUGAGACUUCUGUUCCUGUGGAGCCAUUAAAAGAUGGGGAGGAGAAGCAAAAAACUAAAAAGAAAGCCAAGAAGUUAAAAGCACGGAUGAACUCCAGGGCAAAGGAAUAUGAGAGUUUGAUGGAGGCAAAAAAUACCGUCUCUGAUUCCCCGUUUAAAGCCAAGUUGCAGAGAUUAGCAAAAGACCUUUCAAAGCAUCUCCAAAUGCACGAUGGCUGCUCGCUGGGAAACAACAAGGUUUCUGCUCUGGACAGGACUUUAGGAGAGAUCUCUCGCAUUCUGGAAAAAGAGAACACAGCAGACCAGAUAGCAUUUCGGGCUGCAGGAGGACUGACUGCCCUCGAGCAUGUUCUUCAAGCAACGACUGCUCCCACCAACCUGAACGCAGCUUCACGGAUUCCUUUUAAGUCUCUCUGCAGUACAGUGAAUGCUUAUGGACUCACCUGCAAUAACUGCACAGAAAACUGCACCUAUAUUCUUUUUAGUAACAAGAUCACCUUUUUACUGGACCUGUUGAUGCACCAGUUUACGGUUAAUGUUCCGGAUGACCAUAAUGCUACUUCAGGAAGAAGUGCAAAUAAGCAGGUGUUUGAAGGUCUAACAACGGGGCUUCUGAGGAUAACAGCCGUGAUUUUCAGGUGCCUAAUCUCCAGCUUCCCAGAUGGAAACAACCACUCUACAGCACUGAAGAUAAUACAGGAUGUGAAAAGCAAAUCCUCACAAGUGGAAGCCUUCAACAGCAGAAUCCAAGACUUGAUCAGUUACGUGGUGAACAUAGGAUUGAUAGACAAGUUGUGUUGCUGUUUCCUCUCCGUUCAAGGCCCUGUUGAUGAGAAUCCAAAAAUAGCAACUUUUCUACAAAAUGCCACAGCACUGUUGCAUGGAAUAUGUCAGCUCUGCUUUGCAGUCAGUGGAAGAUCUUGGAACAUAUUUGACAGUACACGUCAGGAUCCCACAGGACUAACGGCGGUUCUUCAGGCUACGGAUCUGGUUGGAGUCCUGCAUAUGCUGUACUGCGUUCUUUUCCACGGCACAAUUUCAGAUCCAAACACAGCCAGUCCUAAAGACAGCUAUGCAGAGAACACAAUCCAGGUUGCCAUUCAGAGUUUACGUUUCUUCAAUAGCUUUGCGGUUCUUGAUCUGCCUGCUUUCCAGUCUAUUGUUGGUGCUGAAGGACUGUCCCUUGCAUUCCGCCAUAUUAUCAGCUCGUUGCUGUGGUACUGCUCCCAGCAUACCUGUGAAGGAUUGCUACAUGAAGUCAUUAUUUGUGUGGGCUAUUUUACUGUAAACAACACAGAUAACCAGAUCAUUGUACAGUCUGGCCGUCACCCCACCGUGCUGCAGAAGCUGUGCCAGUUGCCCUUCCAGUAUUUCAGCGAUCCACGGUUAAUCAAAGUGCUCUUCCCUUCGCUAAUAGCUGCUUGUUACAAUAACCCUCAGAACAAGCUCAUUCUGGAGCAGGAGAUGAGCUGUGUGCUCCUCGCCACGUUCAUUCAGGAUUUUGCCCAGAGCUCAGGCCAAAUGGAUAAUCUGUUAUCUCAGCAGAGGGAGAGGCGGCCCGGCGCUCAGGACUCCCUCGAGCUGUCCAACCGCUUCCCCCGGCACUGCUGGGAGGAGGCCCGCCAGUUCUUCCUGCGGCGCUGAGGGCCGCGCCGGCACUGCCUGCAGCUCGGUGUAAUUUGCACUAUUUAUAUCCGCGGUACUGUAGAUACUUCCCAGUUCUGUUUUGUAAUUUUGAUAAUUGGAGUUAAUUUCGGUCGUGCGUCCCAACGUCCCGGAGCCUUCCUGCGGCGCGGUGCGGCGGCGUCGGCGCUCAGCAGCUGCUGAGGGGAGACUGCGAGCAGAAAUGAGUUCUGUACCUCUGUAAUAAAGUAACUUAUUCUGUC